AUGAAGGUGCUCCCUGCAUCUGGCCUUGCUGUCCUCCUCGUCACGGCUCUGAAGUUUUCCACUGCAGCCCCCUCCCUAUUUGCAGCACCACCCAGGACCUCAAGGAACAGCUACCAGCUCACACAGGCAUACCUUGACAAAUAUUACACAAAGAAAGGAGGGCGCCAGAUUGGUGAGAUGGUUGCAAGAGGAGGCAAUUCCAUGGUUAAAAACAUUAAGGAGCUGCAGGCUUUCUUCGGCCUCCGAGUCACCGGGAAGUUAUACCGGGCCACCAUGGAUGUGAUCAAGAGGCCUCGCUGUGGAGUUCCUGAUGUGGCAAACUAUCACCUCUUCCCAGGUGAACCCAAAUGGAAAACAAAUACUUUGACAUACAGAAUAUCCAAAUACGCACCUUCCAUGACUUCUGCAGAAGUGGACAAAGCAGUGGAGAUGGCCCUGCAGGCCUGGAGUAGCGCCGUCCCUCUGAGCUUUGUCAGAAUAAACUCAGGAGAAGCAGAUAUUAUGAUAUCUUUUGAAACUGGAGAUCACAGGGAUUCCUAUCCAUUCGAUGGGCCUUGGGGGACUCUAUCUCACGCAUUUGCACCUGGAGAAGGCCUGGGAGGAGAUACACAUUUCGACAAUGCUGAGAAGUGGACUAUGGGAAUGAAUGGUUUCAAUUUAUUCACCGUUGCUGCUCAUGAAUUUGGCCACGCACUGGACCUGGCCCAUUCCACAGACCCAUCAGCACUGAUGUACCCAACUUAUAAGUAUCAGCAUCCCUAUGGAUUCCACCUUCCCAAGGAUGAUGUGAAAGGGAUCCAGGCACUGUACGGACCUUGGAAGACAUUCCCAGGGAAGCCCGCUGUGCCCCACAGCCCCCCUCAUAAUCCUAUUAUCCCUGACCUCUGUGACUCCAGCUAAGCCUCUGAUGCUGUGGCAAUGCUGGGGAAGGAGCUCCUGUUCUUCAAGGACCGGAUUUUCUGGCGUCAGCAGGUUCACUUGAUGUCAGGGAUCCGGCCCAGCACCAUCACCAGCUCCUUCCCCCAGCUUAUGUCCAAUGUGGAUGCAGCUUAUGAAGUGGCUGAGAGGGGCACAGCUUACUUCUUUAAAGGACCCCACUACUGGAUAACAAGAGGAUUCCAAAUGCAAGAUACUCCUCAGACUAUUUAUGACUUUGGGUUCCCAAGAUACGUGCAGCGAAUAGAUGCUGCCGUCUAUGUCAAGGAUGCACAGAAGACCCUUUUCUUUGUGGGAGAUGAAUACUACAGCUAUGAUGAACGAAAAAGGAAAAUGGAAAAAGACUAUCCAAAGAAUACUGAAGAAGAAUUUUCAGGAGUUAAUGGCCAAAUAGAUGCUGCUGUGGAGUUAAAUGGCUACAUUUACUUCUUUUCAGGACCCAAAGCAUACAAGUAUGAUACAGAGAAGGAAGAUGUGGUUAGUGCACUGAAAUCUAGUUCCUGGAUUGGUUGUUAA